CGUAAACAAAAGAACCACAUUCAAAAUAUUUGCACCAAAUCGCUAUCAGUGCGAUUAUUCUAGAUGAUAGUACAAUUCCUUAAAGAACUGCUCUACAAUCAGCAAAAAAUGACCGAUAAAAGAAACAUAAAGAUGGAAUUUGCGGUCCAGGUCCUGGGCAAUGACUGUGCAGAUGCGAUACGAAACACACUGGCCGAUACUGAAAAUGUCGAGAUUGAUGUGAAGAAGGGCAGUGUGUUGGUAGAAACAUCUCUUCCAUGGCUUGAAAUUCAUAAACGGAUCGAAGCUACAGGCCGGCGAGCGGUACUUACCGGGUUUGGAGGACAAUCAGCUGUAGCGAUGAUAGAUCAUGGUAACGAGGGGACGAAUGUUCGAGGUGUUGUCCGUUUCUGUUCUAGCUCUGCCAACGGACGAGGUGCCGUUGUCGAUGGAACCAUUGAUGGGCUAGCGAAAGAAGAAAAAUAUUUGCUGAACGUGCACGAGUGUGGCGACAUUUCCGAGGGCUGUGCUUCGGUUGGAGAUGUGUAUGAUUCCGUAGAAGUGAGCUCUGAUUCAAACGGAAAAGCGGCGAUACGAUUCGUCAACGAGCGACUGGAGGUAGCGGAUUUGAUAGGCCGGUCGGUGGUGAUAGCGGAAUCGCAGAAUGACCAGCGGCGUCUUAGCUGUGGCAUCAUCGCUCGGUCGGCAGGUAUAUUCGAAAACUACAAAAAGAUAUGCGCCUGUGACGGAGUAACUAUUUGGGAUGAAAGAAACAAAUCUAUUGCUUCAGAGGAACGACAACGCGAAAAGAGCCAAUCUGUUUUGUAAAUGGUUGAAGCAUUUUUGUUGGAACAUGCGGGAUAUGGUGUGAAUUGUUUGGAAGAGUUCCUUAAAACGGGGAAUAGGAUUCCUAUAUUAUUACUGAUAAAGGUGUAUGCGGUCAUAUAAUGAAAUAAAAUAGGCGAAACUAACUGAGAUUCCA